UGUUGCGAUCCGGGGCUGGGCUCCGAGUCCGGACCGGGGCCUGGCGGAAGCGGCGGGCGCCUGCGUCCCUGCGAGAUGGACGAGGCCGAAGGCAGUGCCGGGCAACCUGGUCCUGCGGAGCGGUCCCAGCGAAGCAGCGUGUCCUCCGUGGGAGCGCGAGCAGCGGAUGUGCUGGUAUACCUGGCGGAUGACACAGUGGUGCCCCUGGCCGUGGAGAACCUGCCUGCACUCAGUGCUCAUGAGCUGCACCGUGUGGUCCGAGAGGUCCUGCAGCUCCCAGACACGGCCCUGGAGGUCUUCGCGCUCUGGCUUGUCUCCCCUCUGCUGGAGGUGCAGCUGAAGCCCAGGCACCAGCCCUACAAGCUAGGCCGCCAGUGGACUGAGCUGCUCCUGCGCUUCACCGAUGCACCGCAUGAAGACGUGGCCAUGGACGAGCCUUCCCUGCAGUUCCGAAGGAAUGUGUUUCUCCCGAAGCGGCGGGAGCUCCAGAUCCGAGAGGAGGAGGUCCUGCGGCUGCUCUACGAGGAGGCCAAGGCCAACGUGCUGACGGCGCGCUACCCAUGCGACCCGGAGGACUGUGAGGCCCUGGGUGCCCUCGUGUGCCGCCUGCAGCUUGGGCCCUACCAGCCCGGCCAGCCCGCCUCCGGCAGCCUGCGGGAGAAGCUGGACUCCUUCCUGCCGGCCCACCUCUGCCGGCGGAGCCCCAGGCUCUUCGCCGCCCUCCGGGGCCGGGGCACCAAGGCAGGGGCUGGUGAGCAGGGCCUGCUGAAGGCCUAUCAGGAGGUCAAAGACAUGGUCUGCGGCGAGCACGAGACCCCCCUGAGCACCCACUACCGCGCCUACCUCCUCAAGUGCCACGAGCUGCCCUUCUAUGGGUGUGCCUUCUUCCACGGCGAGGUGGACAAGCUUCCCCAGGGCUUCCUGCACAGGGGCGGCCGCAAGCCAGUGAUGGUGGCCAUCAGUCUCGAGGGCGUGCACGUCAUCGACUGCCGGGAGAAGCAUGUUCUGCUGGGCCUGCGCUUCCAGGAGCUGUCGUGGGACCACACGUCCCCCGAGGAGGAGGAGGCCGUGCUGUGGCUGGAGUUCGAUGGGGAGAGCGAGGGUACGCCGGUCAACAAGCUCCUCAAGGUCUACUCCAAGCAGGCCGAGCUGAUGAGCAGCCUCAUUGAGUACUGCAUCGAGCUGAACCAAGCCAUGGAGCCCCCCGCCCCCCCGGACUGCGGGUCUGGCCCCGCCACAGCCCCAGGCUCCUCGCCACCUCCCCCACAACAGCGCCCCAAGCUGCGGCGGCAAGGCAGCGUAGUCUGCAGCCGGAUCCAGCACCUGGCCACCAUUGACUACGUGGACGACGGCAAGGAGAUCAAGCGCGUGAAGCCCAAGCGCACCACGUCCUUCUUCAGCCGGCAGCUCUCCUCGGGCCCGGGGAGCUACAGCGUGGUGCAGACCACCGACAGCCUGGAGCAAGGCUGAGGCGGCCGCCUGCAGAAGCCUCUGGGGACCCCGGGCCCUGCCCUCCUUCCCUGGGGCACCAGCAGGCCCAGGAAGUCCCUGAGGGUGGAAGGUGUGGGUGAGCUGGGGACACCCUAUGGCUCUGGGCCCCAAGCUCUCCCGACCUUGGACCUGUGACUGGUGGGCUCGUCCGGAUCCUCGGACCAGCCUCCUCCCUGCCCCCGUCCCCCCCAGACGUCUCCUCUGUGCCCCUCAAGAUGGACAGUGUCCCUGCUGCAGUCUCACCCAGUGGUCUCUGGUGAUGGGUAGCCAAAGAUCUGCAGGUCUUUGCCCUGGACUUUGGUGACCUUCACCCACGUUGCUUCUGGCCUUCCACGCCAUUGCCAGGCUGUGCCUCUCCCCCCGCACCUGAACCACAGCAGAGAGUGAGGUCAUGACGACCCCACAGCCUCCUCGGGGGACUGGUCUUGCCACCAUGGCUUCAGGCACCCGGGGGUCACUGUGUCUCCUGCUGGCCGUUCUGCUGGGACUGGUGAGAGACCCCCAGGUCUCCCUGGCAUGAACUCCGUUGACCGGAGAGAAAAGUACCUCUUUUAUGACGUCACUGUGCUGGAGGGGGGCUGUCCUGUGAGAAACGUCACCCCCGCCCCACUCGAUGGUCCAAGGAAAACCCCUCAACCUGAGUGAAGGGCUCCCCUCACGGAACGCCCCCUCCCACCCCCCCACGGCCUUCUUGUGUGCGUGGACUUUGACUCAGCGGAGCCUGCUCCCGGGCGCAGUGAGCGAGGGAUGCCUUGCCCCCUAGACAGCAGAGCCGCGGCGCCGGGAAUUCCAGGCACAGGACCCCACCGGCCUCUGCUACUUAGGAGAGAAGGUGUGAUGCGGGUGGUCAGCUCCUCCAUUGGACUCUGCCCUCCUGGACACACACACACACACCACCACCCCUUCCAGAGGAGCCUGCCCCAGGGGGUGGCUUUCCCAGGUAGUGGGGGGGGGGGGGGCUUAUGCUUCCUGGGCCUUCCUGUUGGAAGCAGACAGGGCCCGGCUUCACAGGGCUUCACAGUCCCAGGGGAAAGGGGACCCAGCAGACACCUUUGUGACAUGAACAUUCCAGGGGAGCUUAUCUCCACCACAGCAACUUUGCCAAACCAAACCAGGGGGAGGGUGUGUGUGUGUGUGUGUGUGUACACUUGAGCCAGUUGCCACAUCUUGUCGCAGCUGCCCUGCCUGGCCCAGCCACUUCUCCCGGGUCUCCCAGCCCUGCCAUCCUUGCCCUGGACUGUGUGGGCUCCGGGCGCCUCUCUCACCUGCCGGGCUGGCCUGGCUCCGGUGUGCGUGUUCACACUCGGGACUGUUUACACACACGGUCUUAGCCCACGGCUUCUCUGUCAGCUGACGUCCACUGUGCCGUCCCUCGCCCUUUGGGACAAAGCAGGUUUUUACUAAAUAGCCUUGCGUAAA